UUUAACAUGAUUGCGUUAUCUCGAUUAGCGCGAACUUUCUCUCGUUUUUCGCAAAUGACAUUACGCUCGUCGAGCAGUUUAGAAAAGAAAACGGAUCUAUAUCGUCAAUUGUAUGCAAAAAUAUUAGCAUGCGGGCCUAUAACGCUCGCAGAGUACAUGAGGGAGAUCUUGAUUCAUCCCACUGCAGGUUAUUAUACAACUAGAGAUGUUUUCGGGCAAAGAGGCGAUUUCACAACUUCUCCAGAAAUCAGUCAACUUUUUGGGGAAAUUAUGGCAAUUUGGAUAAUCAAUGAGUGGAGAAAAAUUAGUAGAGAUUCUAUCCAACUUGUGGAAUUAGGUCCAGGAAGAGGUACCUUAAUCAAUGAUAUCUUAAGGGUGUUCAAAAAAUUGAAUCUUUCAAAUAAAAUAUCGAUUCAUCUAAUAGAAAUCAGUCCCGUUUUGUCUGUAAUUCAGGCAGAGAAAUUGUGCAUCAAAAGUAAAAGUGUUGAGCCAAGAGUCAAUGAAGACCAAAAGAAUUCUGUUACACAUUAUAGAGAGGGUGUUACGAGAGACAAUGUAAAGAUAUAUUGGUAUUAUUCCAUCAAUGAUGUUCCUAGAAAGUUUAGUGUAUUUAUUGCACAAGAGUUCUUUGAUGCUCUACCAAUACAUAAAUUCCAGAAAACUGAUAAAGGUUGGAGGGAAAUCUUAAUAGAUAUAGUGCAAGACUCAAAGGAAGAAAGAUUUCGAUAUGUACUUUCGCAAAUACCAACAGCUGCUUGUAAAGUAUACCUAUCUCCGCACGAGAAAAGAGAUCAUGUAGAAAUAAGUCCACAGUGCUCUGUGAUAAUAGAUUACAUGUCCCAAUUUUUGUGGGAACAUGGAGGAUUUGCACUAGUAAUUGAUUAUGGUCACGAGAGGGAGAAGACCGAUACGUUUCGCGCAUUUUGCAAGCAUAAAUUACACGAUCCCUUGUUAAAUCCUGGAACUGCAGAUCUGACUGCGGAUGUUGAUUUUUUAUUAUUAAAAGAGAUUGCACAGAAAGACGAUAGAUUAAUCACAUUUGGUCCAGUGACGCAAAGAAAAUUCCUGAAAAGUCUUGGCAUCGAUUUACGGUUAAAAAUGAUUUUACAGAAUGCUUCUAAUAAUCAAAAGGAACACAUUGAGUCAGGAUAUCAUAUGAUAACCGAUGAAGAUAAAAUGGGAAAUUGUUUUAAGGUACUGUCCCUCUUUCCUUUUGUUUUAAAAAAUCAUUUAAAUAAAUGGUCUGUAGCAGGAUUCGAAGAUAAUAAAAUAAAAUCUUGA